AUGAAGCCGCCUCCCAAACCAUCACCUCCGGUAUUGGCUCCACCUGUUGCACCGUCAACUUCAUCCAAGAUCAAACAAGUGGGGAUGUACUUUGGUAGACCGUUUGCGCCAAGCUCUUCCUCUUCUGAUUCUGGUGUACAGCCAGAUGCUACAUAUAAAUCACUUUCGGCAUUAUUGGCUUCACCUGCUUCAACCGCAUCUUCUCAUUUAUCUUUGAUUGGGUCCAAUAAUCUAUCUGCAUCCAUAACCCACUAUUUGGCAACGUUGCCUACCGAAGAAGCAAGCAAAUUUGCAAGACAAUUGGUCACAAGUACAGCGUAUUGGAAUGAUGCAGAAGUAGCUAAUAGCGCUGAUUCUGAUCAUAAUAAUGCGGCUGCUUUCGCCAAUGAUACGCUAUCCAAAGCACGAUUGCUCUUUGAAGCUACAGCCCGUGCGGUACUUGGUCGUAUACAAGUCAUCGUGCAUCAAUACAAAGGUAAUCUAGGAUGGGCAGCACAAAGGGCGUUGGUGUCUUGGAUUCGUGCUUUAAGUGAUGCGGUUCACGUUGACCUUGGAUCCAUUCCUCAGAAAUGCAGACCUCUUCCUAUCUCCUCUUUCGCCCUCCAAACAGGGCUGGUUGCUGGCCUUCAAGCAGCUCGAGCUCAAAGACAGCAACACGAUGCCAAGACUGGUGGCCCAAUUUCUUCUACGGGAACAUUGAGCAGUAAUGCACUCAGUACGAGAUAUGCCUUAAGACGAGCUGAAGAGGGAUGGUGUACGACACUUGCGGAAAGUCUGAGGAUGGUGACAGAAGCUGAAGCGGCAAAAGAGAAAGAAGAUUCCGAAGAGGAUGAAUGGGAGCGAGAGUUCAGAAAGAUGUCAUUGCAUGCAGGAAUAGAACAAUCUCGAAAAUUUGAUCCACGUAACGAUCUGCAAACGAUACUGCUUUUUCUGGCAGCGCAAGUAUCCCCUUACGUAUCGGCAAGAAGACUUUCACUUUUGCAUCCGGCUGAUGUCAUCAAGAUCUUGUCGGAUACAAUGCUUAACCUUUUCGAGGGAUGUGGAAUCUUCCAAUCGUUACGAGAGGACAUUUAUCAAGAUGCGCAAGGCUUGUUAGUCUUGUCUGCAUCUUCGGGUACAGCUCUGCGUGCACAGUUGUUGAAUGAUCAUCCUCUCGUCAAGGUCUUUGGGCCAUUAUCUCGUCUGCUCUCUCUGGCUUUCUCAAACAUUACUCGAUCUUUCACUCCUGCACAAGUGCAAGAGGUUCUGCUUGGCCUAAGUCCUGAAUCAUCUCUCGCUCCACUAAGCAGGAUGCAUGCUAUUGCUUUGGCAUGGGAGGCAAGAUGGCUUGGAAGCAGGCUGGCAGGAGCUGAAGAGAAAGAGAUUUCACAAUCUAGUCGACCACAAACGAAAAUGUUGUGGGGAAUAUUCAAGACUUUACUUUUCAGUUAUACAAUGAUCUUUGAUGCCUUGAUGGAAGCAAUAGUUGAUGUCUGUCCAACACCUACGGAAACUAGGCCGAUAUCGAUGGAUGCGGGAGAUAAUACAAAAGUAGGUAGUAAAUGGCUAGCAACGACGGAGUCAAACAUUCCUCCAGUAUAUCUACAAAUCGUACGAACAAUGUUGCUCACAUAUUCAAGUCUCUCGUGGGUAAUUUCAACUUUUGGAACUGGUGGAUUCGAUGCUUAUCGAAGGGUGUUCUAUGAAGCACUUGAAGUUCUCAGUCGUGAUGGUCGUGCAAGCGUAGAGUUGGCUAUCCAACUCAUCCCAUCACCGCUAGACACGAUCCAAACCAAUGCAGCUCGCCGGGCAAGAGCAACAUUCUUCCUCGAUGUGGUUGAACAACUUGUUAUUCAAUUGCCCGAUGAUAUGAUAGAGGAUGUCAUUUUGCCAGCAUGCAGACCAUACUUGGACGAUAGAACAUAUCAAGAAGCUUUCGAAUCUGCUCAUUCAGUCGUCCUAAGUGUUUUCUCCUCCGGAAAAGAAUGUUUGCUCGAACUUACGCCUUAUUAUUCGCAAUUGUUGCUUACAUGCUUCCCGACCAAUCUAUCCGCUGAACAAUUGACUUUGGCUUUUUCCACCGUUGUGGAUGCAGUAUCUGAUCGAAGUGAUACACUUGCUUGGCAUACGUUGGAAUUAUUAUGGAGCGCAAUCGAGCAUGAACGGUUCAUGUAUGCACAUCACCAAAAGAAAUUGACCGUAGGACCGGAAUCACAGCAAGAGGAUGCACUUAGUGCAACUGUUAAUUCUUCGAUCGAAUCAGUCGUCAAACCAAAAGAAUCAGAAGAAGAACAAUUUUCUAAAAGAGAGAAGGAACUAACGGACGUUUAUAUUGCACAGCUUGCAAACGUGAAUCUGGUGUUGUUACGUUCAGUUUUGGAUCGUGUGAAACGCUUGAUCAUGUACCGAACUCGUGCAAGCGAAGAUAGAUUGCAUCUCUGUCAACGUACAUUCGCAAGUUUAGCCGGUUUGGAUGCAAGUACACGCGAAGAAGGCGUACGUUGGUGGCUAGCAGAAAGGGAAAGAUUUGGCGUCUAA